AAACUUUGAACUAAACGCGAGGUUCAUGGACAAUUUUUCUUAAUUUUACUACAGUUAUAUAAUUAGUUAAUUAACGUAAUUCAUGGCGGCCCAUUUGAAUUCGUCCUUUCCUUCGUUGCUUCGGUGCAUUCAUUCCAGCAUUCAUCGCUUUUCCACAACCGCAAAAGGAACAAUGCCGUGCCCAUUUUUGGCUCGAUUGUCUCCGAAUUACAUUCGGAAUUAUGGGGCAUCUAUGAUGAUGAAUUUCCCUCAACAUUGUCCAGUGAUGUCUCGAAUGGUUAGUUCUGGAAUAGGAACUGCCGAUUCUCCAAUUCCAGAGUCUAUUAGCAGUAAAUGUCCUUUUCUCUCAAACGAGCCUAAGGCCGUAAAAGAGGCCAAUCCUGCAAUGGAGGAGGACAUUAUCAAUGUGGAUUCUGGACCACAAGAGGAAAACAAUUUUCACUAUGAAAAGUUCUUUCAUGAGCAAAUCAUGCAGAAGAAGAAGGAUCACUCUUAUAGAGUAUUCAAAAAAGUGAAUCGCCUGGCCGAGCAAUUUCCAAGUGCUGUAGAAUAUUCCUGGGGUGAAAAACCCAUCACUGUCUGGUGUUCCAACGACUAUCUUGGGAUGUCUCGACACCCAGCUGUCACCGAAUCGGUCAGGCAAGCCCUGGAGAAAUUCGGUGCUGGUGCUGGAGGAACUCGAAACAUCUCAGGAAACUCAAUGGGUCAUGAGAUGCUCGAAGAAAGAUUAGCUGCACUUCAUAAAAAGGAAGCAGGUUUACUAUUCACCUCCUGCUUUGUAGCAAACGACUCAACUCUCUUCACCUUAGCCAAAAGUCUUCCAGGUUGUCACAUCUUCUCUGAUGCUGGCAAUCAUGCUUCGAUGAUUCAGGGAAUAAGAAACAGCGGCGCACCAAAGCAUAUCUUCAGGCACAAUGAUGUUGAGCACUUGGAGGAACUUUUAUCUAAACUGGAUAAAAACGUACCUAAAAUUGUUGCCUUCGAAACAGUACAUUCGAUGACAGGGGACAUAUGUCCUCUCGAGAAGAUGUGUGAUGUUGCUCACAAUUAUGGGGCUUUAACAUUCAUCGAUGAGGUGCAUGCAGUUGGUCUCUAUGGAUACACAGGCGCUGGAAUCGGUGAAAGGGACUGGGUUCUUCAUAAGAUGGAUAUUAUUUCGGGAACUUUAGGGAAAGCCUAUGGAAAUGUUGGUGGAUAUGUAGUAGGAACGACCCAAAUGAUCGAUAUGGUUAGAAGCUAUGCUGCAGGAUUUAUUUUUACGACUUCUUUACCUCCUACGGUGUUGUAUGGGGCUUUAGCUGCAGUUGAAGUUUUGGCCUCGGAUGAAGGUCGUGCUCUUAGGUCGACUCAUCAAGAAAAUGUUGCCUACAUGAAGUCUAUUCUUACUGCAGCUGGUCUUCCCUUGGAGCCUUCAAUGUCGCACAUCAUUCCCAUAAAAGUGGGAGAUCCCCUUCUUUGUACUCAAAUAGCAGACACCUUAAUAAAAGAGAAAGGACAUUACGUUCAAGCUAUAAAUUAUCCAACAGUUGCAAAAGGACAAGAAAAGCUGCGCCUUGCACCUACGCCCAAGCAUACGCACAUAAUGAUGGAUAAAUUUGUCGAGGAUACGUUAAAUGUAUUUCAACGACUUAAUAUUCCCAAGGUCGAGGAGAAGACACAUGAAGUGUCACGUGCAAUACGUGUGCAUUGAUCAAUGUACAACCUUACAAAACAAUUGGAAUCUCUGUAAUUUUUAGAAGCAGAAUUUAUUGAUGUAAUAAGGUAUAUUAUAAAUGUGAAAUCGGGUCAAAUUGUUAUUUAGAGAGACAAGAAAAUAAUGUUAUAUCCUCACAGAAAUAUU